UUUUUUACGAUUUUAUAUAAAAAUUGUGAUUCCAAGAAAGAAAAAAACAGAGAGGGUAAAGUGGGUAAAGAAGGCUUAGGAACAAACUAAUUUACUUGUCAAACAGUUUCAAAAAGUUCCGACCGGAACCUCCCCGGCAAAUCCUUCCGAUGGAACAUCCUCGUCCACUGUCGUUCGUCUUGCCAAAUCCGUCCGACCAUUCCGGUAUAGCGUUAGGCCUUCUUGACGGUAACUUUGAGGACCUCGGAGAUCUCCUCCUCCGUUCUUCAAAUCUAACGUCUCGUCUAAAACACGACUCUUCUCAUCUAAACGACCGUCUUCUCCAUCUCCGGACAAAUCUGACCAAACUCGCCGUUUCCUGGAUCUCCACCUCGCUUUCCGCUAAAAAUUCACUCGAUGAUCUGAGAUUCAACCUCGAAAGCCUGAGCCUUGCUACAUCUCUCCCUGAGAGUCGUACGGAUUCUGUCGGAGAGCAAACGAAUCGGGAGUUACAGCAACUUGUUGAUGAAUUGUGUCGAAUUCAGAACACGCGCAGAUAUUUCGUGACUGCCUUAAAGUUGGAAAGUCUGGUAGGAGAUCUUGAAGAUUCAGUGUUUCAUCCUAUGAGUAACAACAGAGGAAGUAUGCUUCAAAUGCAGGAUCUUGCAUUCAAGCAAGAGAGGUUCAACCAUGCCAUUAAGACCAUGAAUGAAAUUGAAGAAAUACUUGGUGAUGUCACAAGGCAUCACCCACAGUGGCGCCGCCUUGUAGAUUCUGUUGAUGGUAGAGUAGAUAAAUGUUUGUCCACUCUACGCCCACAAAUUUUCGCAGAGCACCGAGCUUUUCUCUCAUCUCUUGGAUGGCCACCAAAGCUGGCAACAACGAAAAUCGAGCAUGGAGACGUUGCUAAUAUCCCGAAUCCUCUACUAUUGGUGCAAGGAGAUAAAAAGGAAUCUUAUUCCCAAAGCUUUCUACUCCUCUGUGGUUUACAGCAACUCAAUACCAUGAAGGAAAAACGGAAAAAGCUUAAUAAAAUGCCCAAAGAAUAUAAGAAUGUUGGACUUUGGGCAACCGAUGAACUGGUAACACCUGUUGCAUCUCGGAUGGAGUAUCAUUUCAUGAAAUGGGCUGAACAACCAGAGUUUAUCUUUGCGCUGGUCUAUAAAGUUACAAAUGACUUCGCUGAUGGGGUGGACGAUUUCUUACAGCCUUUGAUUGACAGAGCUAUGUUAGUAAGCUGUAGUGCUAAAGAAGCUUGGGUUUCAGCUAUGGUCCAGAUGCUAUCCUGUUUCUUAGAGAAAAAGGUUUUUCCUAGGCUUAUUGAAAUGUUCAAGGAGAGGCACAUGAAAUCUGAAGCUAUUUCAUCGUGGUUCCAUCUGGUCGAUCAGAUGGUUACAUUUGAUAAACAGAUGCAGUCAUGUGUAAAUUCAGACACUUGUCUUUCUUAUGAAGGCUCUUCGAUAGCGUUUUCUCAAGGUAUGUCAGUAAUGGGGCUAUUUUGUAAGAAACCCGAGUGGCUCAAGACCUGGGGGAAGAUUGAGUUUAAGGAUGCUUAUAGAAAACUUAAAGAGGACAUCAAGAAUGAGAAAGCUUGGGUAGUUGAUUGUCAGGGAACUAGACUUGGUAAUGAAUCCAACUCACGGUCUGCAAAGUAUGUUCUAUCUACAAGAGAAGAUUAUAAAGCGCCAUUUGUUGCAGACUCUUUUCUUAGCAGGACUUGGACGUUGAUAGACCAUGGUCUAUCUCUACCAGCCAUUCUGCCGAGGAUCCAAUUUGUAAGAGCUACUGCCACUAAAUUUCUCUGGUAUAUAUUCAAAAUCCUGUUACUGGAGUUCAAGAAGACUGAUCUCUCCCAGUAUUGUUCUUUAGAAGAUACACUGAUACAAGCCUGUGGACCGAUUAAUGCUGCUCGGUAUCUUGAAUCGAAACUACGUGAAUGGAGUGAUGACUUGGCUUUUGUAGAGAUGUGGGCUGCCGAAACCAGUGUCGAAGUUGGUAGAGAACCUGCAGUUUCCUGCCAAGGCUGCUUUUUUGGGGAAGAACUGAGAAGCCUUGUUGAUUUGGAAACAAAUUGGCUUAUGGAUAUAAUUACAGUUUGUCUCCACCAAUUCGACAAUCUCUGCAGCGACCAGUUCAACAACAAUGCGGAUUCAUGGGAGGAGGAGGAGGUCGUUACCGGUUCCAGCAAUUUAACAGUGUCCCAGGGUGUCGCAGAAGCACUGGACAGUUUAAGAAGGCAUCUUUGUGUUCUUCAGCUAAACAUGAACCCAAAAGACUUCUUGGACUUGUGGAGGAAUCUCGCGGAAGGGCUUGACCAUUAUGUUUCUUGUAAAUUUUUCUCAGGAGAAACUGUUUUACUGAGAAAAAGGUUUGAGGUCGAUGCAGAGGCACUUCUCAUGGUUUUUCAACCUUACUGUGUUCGUCCUGGUGCAUUUUUCCCUCGUGUGAGAGAAAUUCUUAGGCUGUUGAGGAUGCACGAGGAAGAGAAGGCACGACUGAGAGGAGCUCUAAGUCGUAAUGGAAGCGAUUGUUUAAGUUUGUUUGGUAUCUCUAACUUGUCUCGUCAACUUGUAGAACAAUUUUUGUAGGUGUUACUAGUCAUGAGUGCCAUUUUGUAAAACAGUAAAAAGUUGUAUAUAUCACGACUCAGCGAUUAUCUUCUCAACAAAA